CCCACAUUGCUCGAGCCAGCUUCCAGGUUGAUGCUUUUGGGUCAUCCUUCAUCCUGGACGUAACGCUAAACCAUGAUCUGCUGUCUUCUGAAUACCUUGAGAGGCAUAUCGAGCAAGGUGGAAAGGCAGUGGAAGUUAAAGGAGGAGAACAUUGCUAUUAUCAGGGAAAAAUUCGAGGAAAUCCAGUGUCAUUUGUUGCCUUGUCAACAUGCCAUGGACUACAUGGGAUGUUCUAUGAUGGAAAUCAUACUUACCUUAUUGAACCAGAUGAAAACUACAAUUCAGAUGAUGACUUCCAUUUCCACUCUGUUUACAAAUCCAAGUUGUUUGAGUUUCCUUUGGAUGACCUGCCAUCUGGUUCGUCAGAUUCCACGUAAAAUUGAAGAAGAAACAAAAUACAUUGAGUUAAUGAUUGUAAAUGAUCAUCUGAUGUGUAAAAAACACCGCUUAUCAGUUGGCCACACAAACAGCUAUGCUAAGUCAGUUGUGAACGUGGCAGAUUUAAUAUAUAAAGAACAGCUUAACACCAGGAUAGUAUUGGUUGCCAUGGAAACCUGGGCUACUGAUAACAAGUUCACCAUAUCUGAAAACCCCUUGGUGACCCUGCGUGAGUUUAUGAAAUAUAGGAGGGAUUUUAUCAGAGAGAAAAGUGAUGCAGUUCACCUUUUUUCGGGGAGUCGAUUUCAGAGCAGUCGAAGUGGUGUAGCUCACACUGGUGGAAUCUGCUCCUUGCUUAAAGGCGGAGGUGUGAAUGAGUUUGGAAAGCCUGACUUAAUGGCAGUUACCCUGGCACAGACAUUAGCUCAAAAUAUUGGCAUUUUCUCAGACAGAAGAAAACUAAUAAGUGGUGAGUGUAAGUGUGAGGACACCUGGUCUGGAUGCAUAAUGGGAGACACAGGGUAUUAUCUACCAAGCAAGUUCUCCAAGUGUGAUAUUGAAGAGUAUCACGAAUUUUUAAACAACGGAGGUGGAGCCUGCCUUUUCAAUAAGCCAACCAAGCUUCUGGAUCCUCCAGAAUGUGGCAAUGGCUUUGUGGAAGAUGGAGAAGAGUGCGACUGUGGGACAGCGGCAGAGUGUGCCAGCGAAGGAGGAGAGUGCUGCAAUACCUGCACGCUGACAGCAGGCUCCCAGUGCAGCAACGGGCUCUGCUGUCGGAAGUGCCGGUUUGAACCUAAGGGUGUUUUGUGUCGAGAAGCAGUGAAUGAUUGUGAUAUUGCAGAGAACUGCACGGGAAACUCCAGUCAGUGUUCUCCCAAUAUUCAUAAAAUGGAUGGAUAUUCAUGUGAUAACAGGCAGGGCAUUUGCUUUGGAGGAAGAUGUAAAACCAGGGACCGACAGUGUAAAUAUAUCUGGGGUGAAAAAGUGUCAGCUGCUGACAGGUACUGCUAUGAGAAGUUGAAUAUUGAAGGGACUGAGAAAGGAAACUGUGGAAGAGACAAGGACUCUUGGAUACAGUGCAAUAAACAGGAUGUGCUUUGUGGAUACCUUCUGUGCUCGAACAUAUCUAGUGUGCCCAGACUUGGAGAACUUGAUGGUGAAAUCACUUCAUCGGUCUUGCAGUUUGGUAAAGUCUACUCUUGCAGUGGUGGGCAUGUGAAGCUUGAUGAGGAGACGGACCUGGGCUAUGUGGAGAAUGGGACGCCAUGUGGGCCAAAUAUGGUGUGCCUUGACCAUCGCUGCCUCCCCAUCGAAUCCUUCAACUUCAGCACCUGCCCGGGCACCACAGACACCCAGAUCUGUUCAGGACAUGGUGUUUGUAGCAAUGAAAUAAAGUGUGUCUGUGACCGAUUCUGGGGAGGAGAUGACUGCAGUUCUCGAAUCAAAGAUGAUGUAUUUUUUUAUAAAGACGCCAUCAACAAAGGUGUUGUUAGCACAAACAUAAUAAUAGGGGCAAUUGCUGGCACCAUUUUAGUAUUGGCUCUCGUUUUAGGGAUAACUGCGUGGGGUUACAAAAACUACAGAAGACAGAGGUCAAAUGGAUUAUCUCAUUCCUGGAGUGAAAGGAUACCAGACACAAAGCAUAUUUCAGACAUUUGUGAAAAUGGGAGGCCUAGGAGUAAUUCUUGGCAAGGUAAUAUAGGAGGAAACAGAAAGAAAGUCAGAGGCAAAAGAUUUAGGCCACGGUCUAAUUCAACUGAGACACUGUCUCCUGCAAAGUCCCCAUCUUCGUCCACUGGAUCUAUUGCUUCCAGCAGAAAAUACCCUUACCCAAUGCCUCCGCUUCCUGAUGAGGAGAAGAAAGCAAACAGGCAAAGUGCCAGGCUAUGGGAGACUUCCAUUUAGCUGCACCGUUUUCCUGGGAUGACGCAAGAACUUUUUACUUUAAAUUCUAUACAAACUCAGCACCACUGAGUCGUUGCACAUUCAUCUGCUCUUCAGACAAUUCAAAAGAUCAACACAGAUGCCCGUGAUCACAGUGAGAACCUCCUCUCAUCUGGAAGGGAAAAAGCAGUCUCUUUUUUCUUUUUUUUUCCUUCUGUUUUUGUUUUUUGAUCAAGCAGAAUUUUACAGACUUGCUGUAAAGAACAACCCAAACCAUCCCAACUAGCAGGGGACCAUUAGAUGGAUGUGAAGAGGCUGUUCCGCACGGUACCAGACAUGCUCACCCCACAUCCUGCCUGGGAGAGGGUUGGGUUUUUCCCUUGGCUUAGUGCAGCUCCAGGUCAUGCUGACCGGCCUUGGGAAUGCGCACUCAGGAGAAGCUGGCCGAUGUAAACUUGUACGCUGUGUGCAUGAACCUUGUGUUCUUUACUUUCCACAUGUAAGGGAUAAACAACAUACUGUAGUAGAAAUCAGCAUGCAGGAGUAAGAAAUAUAGGAUUUUUUUUACAGGAUUUCAAGCUUUGAAAGGCAACUCUUUGAACCUAAACAUCAAACAAACAAGGAUUAUAUCUUUUUUUUUUUUUUUUUUAACCUUACAUGUUUAUAAUCUCAGUAUACAGAUUGUAUAUAUGUAAACAUUUGAUAAUGUCAAAAAUAGCUAUUAUACAUAAGUGUAUUUUGCCAAAUGCCUAAAGAAACAUGACUAACAUCAUCACACUUCAAAUUUUCUAAUACAUGAGCAGACAACUUUGGAAAUACAGAAAGUACAGUACUGUAAAACCACGUCACAGAAACUGGUUUUUGACCAAAAUCUGUACUAUCUUCUAAGUAGCCGACAAUCUCAAUUGUAUGGUGGAAUGCAGGAACCAGUACGGUGGCACUUUGUCUUAAAUCAUCAUAAGGGGAAGCAGCCAAAAAGCGCUGUUGAGUGAGAUGACCCAACCCGACACUGGGGCGAUCAGGAACGAUCCUGUAGACAACAGAGACAGAGCCUCGAAGUAAAAUGCAGUACAAACUUCCUGGAAAUCUGGGAAUAACUUCUAAUGCUCAAUUCAGGAUGUGGUGAUGUGAAGUCCUCUGGCAAGGCUUGCUGUGUAUUUCUGAUAGAGCACUUCAGAUGCUCUUUUGGAUGAGACUGUAACUUAGGAGAAACCUAACAAUUUCACUGCACUAGAUAAUACCAAUGCUGGGCAAGUGGCCAGUGUCAUUGUCGUCUUUUCAUUUGUUUGUGGAGUUUCCUUUACCAUGUGCUCGACUGCUCUGCUUGCUGCCUCUGAUGUCCCCUUGAAACGUUUGGGUGGCCAUAAACUGAGUACAAGUGAGUUUAGCCAGAAAAAAUGGAAAAAAAUCCCAACACUUUUACCGUGGAGAUGUUGAUCUCCCAAAUCAAUGGAUAGUUAGCUUUCGAAUACUGAGACUUCUAAAGGGUGUCUGUUGUACUACAAAGGUGGACAUUUCCACUCAGUAAGAAAACUGGACCAUGUUAAAUCAAUCUAUAAUUCUCCAGCUCUCCAAAAAUGACAAAUUCCUAGCUUCUAGCAGUGCCAUUACAGAACAACACACCCGAUUCUGUAUGGUGCAAUUGAAUACCUUGCCAACAGCCGAAUUACCAAUUAGAUAUUAUCCUGACGGGAGCAUCCACAGUGUUUCUGAGUCUUCUACCUCUUUCAUGCAUUUCCUUUAAGAAGCAAAGCCAACACUUUCAGCCUCUUAAUAUAUUUUUUUAACUUUUAAGUAAGUGAAUAAAGUUGGAUAUAUGUAAGAUUAACUUAAGAAAUGUUUUAAGAUGUCAGCAAGUAUAAAAUAUAUAAGAUUUUUAGAAGCACUAUAUUUUAUGAUUAGGCUGUGUGUUGGAUUGUAACAAAAUGUUGACCUUGGAGUUCGUUCCAGUGAUUUCCUUCACAGUCAACAGGUUCUGGUAAGUAUUUUAUAAAAAGGCAAAUAUGAGUGAGUACAAAGUACAAGACAGAAUGUGUUGAAUGAGCCAGCCACUAGUAAUUGCUUUAGGAAAAGAUUCUGCACUUUUGUGAAGAGUGAAUAGCUAUCAGCACAGAAGAAUAUUUUUUGCAAAGACUUCCUUUGAGUGUAGGUAACUGGAUGAAAAGUAGUUGAUAAUGCAUAGCUCAUGAAGUUGGGGCCUGAGCCAUAAUCACCUGAAAUCGAUAGAAGUCUGUUAUUGAUUCCACUGGAAACUGAGGAGAACCCUCAAGGAGUUCACCUCAAUUAGGAAAUUAUGCUAACCUGAUCACCUCUGUUAUUCUGUUGCCUCUUAGCUGCUUUCCCCUUUUGUCUCAGUAUUUUGUCUCUAAAAACUGGACUGUUCAUCACGUGCCUUUUACGACAUUUUGUUUGGUUACAAACUAGCAUGUGAUUUUGAAUAACACUGUUAGAUUUCUGUGCGUAUUUCAUACUUACCACCCUUUACUCUUCCUUUUCCAUUCUGCCUUAUCAAGAAGCAGCAAGAUUUGGCAAACAGAACUGGAUGUAACAUAUUGGCUGUUUGUGUAAUGUUCAUAGCAACUUGUUUUGAAAACAAAUGGCUCUCCUGACUGUAUUUUCAACAUACUGUGUACUUACUGCUUCUUACGUGUUUUGGUAUAAUACAUUCGUAGCAUAUCAUGAUCCAGUUGUGUCACAUUUGGAGAUAUGUAGUAACUGGAAGUCUAGUUAUGACUUCUGAGUUUAAUAAACAUUGACUUUCACUUUGAUUGUCUAGAAUGAGACCAUCACAAAACGUUCAUUUUUUUGCAGAAUUCUUCUGCAGAAAAUCAUGCAGUAAGUUGGCAGCCUGGAGAUUUUGUCAAGGCACAAAACCUGAACGCGUAUGGCUCUGAAAGCCUCUAAUGCCAAUGGAGGCCAAAGAGGAAGGUGUUUGCUUGCAUUCUAUGCUUUCCUACUUUUAAAAUGUGUGGAAAGCUGUCAGAUUAGUAACCUUGAAGAUGACAGCAAGUAUCUUUACUCACAGUAAUCGGUUACACUGUCAAUAGCAAUAUAAAUAGCUGCAUAAUCCCUCAUGUAGUCUAAGAUAGAGUACUUGUAUGGUUAGUAAGUUAGCUCAGUCAUUUUGACUCCUUCAGACUCAGGCUUGUUUUUGCCAGCUAUGCUGAAUAUCCAGAUAUGUUGAAGUGGGGAGGUUCUCAGUUCUUCUCAGGUACAUUAUAAUUACCUAUCCAUGUGAGCAUAUGAACAGCAAGAUGAGUUAAACUAAUCCUAGUCUUGUAUUUCGACAUGUGGGAGAAGAACUGUGUGUAAUUUAAAAUAAAAUUAAUAUCGCUAACUGGUGGAGACUGAAAAAUACAGACUCUAUUCAAAUAAUAAGGCUGCACACUGAUGCCGCAAUUUAAAUUUAACAACUAAAAAUCUACCUGCUAAUUCUGUUGAGGCAAUACUUCAUUAAUCCAUGCUAUUGCCAUUUGGUGAAUGCACUCAGGCAGUUCACCAGUAAUGGUUGGGACUGAAAAUUUACAUAUAAUUUUGUUACCUGAUAAGAAGUGUGAGAUGCAUCUUUGAACACAGUGACUUCCAAAUGUUUUAAGAGUUUAUUUCCUGAUUAAUGAUAUGUUGACCCAGCUAAGCUCAUGUACUCCUUAGUUAAUUUUAAUUAUGCUAAUGAACAAAUGGGCCUUUGGGCUAUAGCCUGAAUUAAAGAUAAAUAAAUUGUGUCAAGCUACUGUACUCUUACCUAAAUCACUUGCUGGUUUUAAAUGGACCUUGUGGUCUUGUCAACAUCGAUAGAAACAAUUGUUUUCAAGACCAGGGCUAAGAGUAGGUCUGUACAUUAAUACAGGCAUGCAUAUUUACAAAUUCAGACCAACUUUUCAGUCAUUGUAUCAUGGACAUCCUCGAUGUGCUAAAAAAUCUGUUAGAAUGAGAGAAUACAUGAAGUUAGAUUUUGCCAACAGGAUAUAACGUGAAACAAUUAUGAGACUCCAUAAGCCUAAGUGAUAAUAGAUGGGCUCUUAGCAAUUGCUCUGUUAUUAAAUCCCAUAUCUAGCUGUCGUAAGCAAACUUACCAAAUUCCAGUGUAAAACUCAGCAUACAGAAGUUCUCCUCCGUUCUUUUCUUCCAUUCCCUUUCCACUCCUACUGAAAAGCACUCCCAAAUCUACUAGCAGCCUCUUGUGUUGGCUAGCUACGAUAAAAAAGCUGCAAGUUAGCUGUCCUUCCACUCAGCAUCCUAGGAAAAGUCUUUCCAGUGCUUUUGCUCAUGUUACAGUAUGGGUGAAAGAGCCUCGUGUCUCAUUUGCAGUGGUAGAACCAUUUGAUGGUUUUCAUCCAGGUUUUCAUCUCAUCCUCUAGUGUUUUGGAUGGAGAAGCCUCUUUGAUCACUGUAACCUAAAAGUUGUGCUGUCUCCCAUUUCUCUUGCUCCAAGUCUCAAGGCUAUCUAAUUCUUCCUGUAAGCUAUCUGAAUAUCUGCAUCAUCACUGUUGUUUGGGCCAAUUUUAUCAACCACAAUGUAAGGUUGAUUUACCUCAUUUUUUAAGAACUUAAGCAUUCUGGUCUCCAAAGUUAGGGGUUUUUUUUGCUCCAAAUGCAUCAUCCAUCAGACUGCUGAUGACCCACUGUUUGCAUGGCUUCCAAACCACGUGACAUUUAGCAGCAGUAUGGGAUUUGUCUUCUGUCAGACUUCCUGGAGACAAAUAUGGGCAAACUGCACGUUUGUACAGCUUGCUGUCCCAUGCCUGCAUGGUGGGGUGAAGUUCCCGUGUGCACAUAGCUGUUCUGCUAUGACACAGCAGGAAAAACGGAAAACAGUGAAGCUGACUGUGCAGAUAUAGUUGCAACACAGAUAGGAUUCUCCCAGAGACACUAAAACAUUCCUUUGACCCAAACAUUUUCCAAGGUAACUUACAAAAAGUAUUUCUGGUGCCUCAUGUAUGGACGCUGGUAAGACUUAAGGUUUGGAAACAUUUAACUCUUCCAGCCAGCAGGUGAUACCGUGUCAUCCCAGAGCAGUUUGCUGCAACUGGUUAGAAACACACUACAACCAUCAACAUAAAUGUGUUAUCUCAGGCAAGUAAUCAAAGCAAUGUUCAGAACACGAGAAAUGUUGUACCUGACUUUUAAGUUGGCUCACCUUGCUGAGUCUGCUGUUUUUAGUUCUUUUUAAAAAGUACUUCAGCUAAAGCACAUUUAAACUCCUGGAAAACGUUGGUUACACAGGCUGCAAUGGCUGUAAUGGCAAAAUAGCGCAGCAGGAAGAUAAUGAAAUGCAGAGCAGCCUUCUGAAGGAAGAAGUCUAGGUGUCAUGCUAUUUUUCAUUACUGGAGCAUAGAAUGUCAAAGCAACAAGCUAUUUUUUCUGUUUCUCUACUCCUGUAACUAAGAAAAAAACAAGUUUUGGUUAUAAAAAAGUCUCGGGGCCUUAAGACCUUAUAUAUUCUAAUUUCAGCAUGGAGAGUCUAUUUUUACAGUCAAAUUAGAAAUUCUGUAUAUAGGCCUGACUGACCUUGUAAGUAUAGUGGUGCUAGCAGCUAAUCAUACAAUAUUGUAAGGCUCUGUAUAACAGUAAAUUCUGGCUUAUUUUGGUGAUUGGUACAAGGAUUCUUGCUCACUGCCUGUGUAAAGAAUCUGCCUAUUUUAUGCUUGGAAAUACAGCCCAGAACAUAUUUGAACUAUGAAUAUAUAACCUGAUUUUUCCCUUCUUAAGGGUAAAGAUAUAUUCCAAUAGGUAGUGUUUUAUAUAGAAUACAGUACUUAUUUUUAUUGUUGCAUAAACGCAAAAUAUUUUUUUUCAGAGUAGCAAAGCAUUACAGAAUUUUUAAUCUGCUGGAGAAAACACUCCUUACAACAUGACCACUUCCUUCUGCAAAGCUUUUGGGGUGCUGUCUUCCAGUUGCUUCAUUUUGUGCUGUUAAUCCUGGACAUCACUGUAAGAGAAAGCUACCUAUUUUUCCAGUCCUGCUAGCCCUGACAGGUAAAAUAUUUGGGGAGGCAAGAACUGUUUCACCGUUGGGGUUGGGCUGAGGUUGGCAGAAAAAACCAAUUUACAUCAUAUUGUCAUCUUUGCUAGUUAAAAUCCUUUAAAAAUUGUACCCGAUGUAAUAGAAACAUAAGAUUUUGAUAAACACCAGAAUGAAGCGCUGCAAUUCACAACUUCCAUCUUUGAGCGUGAUGUUUCUGUCAUCAGCGUUACAGGCAUUGGGCUGUUGAAGUGAAUGAAUCUGGCUUUCAUGUAGCUGAACAAAACGUUGCUUUUUAUAAAGUAAGAUCGUUGUCAUUUGGGGUUCUAAAUUCCUGCUCACUUUUAAUAACAGCAUCACAUAUCUACUUCUAUGAGAGUAUUUAAUACAAAUGCCUGUGGUUUUCAAUGUUACUAACAUAUUGUAACAUCAGUAAAGUGACUUUCAAUGACAAA